CCUGACAUCGAGACAACUAUUGUCAAAAAAAUUACAUAAAACGUAAAAUGUGGGAAUAAUAUUUAACGAAAAUUUUGGUCUAAAUGAAGCCAAUUAAUGAUAUCCCGGGACCGGUAGAACCCAGUGAGGAAUAUGUAGUCAAACUUCCGAUAAUAUUGAGCCUUUAUACGAUCCUCAAUGUAGCGAUGCUAGUAACUGGCUUCAUUUAUGAAGACGAUUGUCCUGUAGAGCCAAAUAUACCUUUAUUUCUGAAGUUGCAAGGGAUUUUUGGGCUCUUAUCUAGGAGCAUUGGCUCCAUCAAAUAUUACAUCUCCAAUAGGGAUUGGUUUUUCGUUUUCCUCGUGAUAUCAUCUCUCUUAUAUAUAGGAGAAUUCACGGUUUUUCUUCUUGGUUCCUUCUGGGUAUACAAAGAAGCAAUACCCAGUUUCAAAGCAUCAGACACCAAACAUUACUGUUAUAAAGGCAUCUACCUCUUCGCUUUCUGUUACAUCACGAUCAUGUAUUGUCUCAUGGUUUUCGCUGCGUCUUUUCUGUGCUGUGUUCUGUGUGUGGCCUCCUCUUUUGGAAUCAACAAGGUGGCUCAGACGAAGCCGUGGCAAAUUGUUGUGAUAUAGCUAUAAAAUAUAUGUGGAAUUCUCUCAUUCAAUUAUUCCAUAUUCAGUAAAAAAUAUUGCUAUUA